AUGGCGGCGCGCGGCGUGUACUGCGUGGGCAGCUUCGAGCUGGCACCCGACGAGCCCAGCCCGCUCUACCAGCUCAUGCAGCUACACUCGUCGAACUGGGUGGACAACUUCAACCACACGCGGCUGCACCGCGGGCUGUGCGUGUCGCGGCGCUGCGAGCUCGACGACGAGCACCAGCCCAUGGACGCUUGGUUUGCGUCAUGCGUGAACGCGAGUACCAUGUCAGCUUACAACCUGUCUGCGCGGCUGUACCACCUAGAGUACUGCGAGCGCGGCGCGGGCCCGGCGCCGGCGCCGCCGCUGACAACCAGCGAGCGAGCAUUCGCCGGCGUGCUCGCGACACUGCUCGCGCUCGCCGCGGUCAGCACGGGGCUUGACCUCACGCUCACCGACCACGCCAAGAAAAGUAUGAGCUGGGCGCUGUCGUGGUCUUUACGCGGAAGCUGGCGGGCACUGUGCGCAGCGCCGCCGUCAACCGGCGUGGACUUGCAAGCGCUGGACGGUCUGAGAGUCCUCGGGCUGCUGUGCUUCGUCAUCGAGCACGUGUGCUGGCUGAAUACGCUGACCUACAUCGUAAAUACGCGGCACGUGGAGAAGCUACCGUCAGCAAGGGUGGACCUGCAAGCGCUGGACGGUCUGAGAGUCCUCGGGCUGCUGUGCUUCGUCAUCGAGCACGUGUGCUGGCUGAAUACGCUGACCUAUAUCGUCAACACGCGCCACGUGGAGAAGCUACCGUCGACCGGCGUGGACUUACAAGCACUUGACGGACUGAGAGUCCUCGGGCUGCUGUGCUUCGUCAUCGAGCACGUGUGCUGGCUCAACACGCUCACCUACAUCGUCAACACGCACCACGUGAAGCAG